AGCCCUCCACAACAAGCCCACCCACCCACCCAUCCGCCGAGCACCACCACCUCCCCCAGUUGCCCCACUUCGCUGUCGUCCUCCUGGCUGCAGCAUGCACGCUGCUCCCCCGCUGCUCCUCAGCCUGCUGCUGCUCCGCGGAUGCUGCUGCGCCUCCGGAGCCGCCGCCAAGGCUUGGAGGCAGGUGUCCAACGACGGCACGGAAUUCAUACGGGACUACUCGCACAACAGCAAUAACAACACCAUGAAUAACAACAACAGGGCCAAAACAGGAGGAAGAACAAGCAACUCAGUCUCUUACAGCGCCUCGGAGCUCAGCUGCAGGGAGCUGCUUUCUACCCGCUACAUCACAGACGGAUCCUGUCGUAGCGCCAAGCCGGUGAAAGAGCUAGUGUGCUCGGGCCAGUGUCUGCCCUCACACCUCAUGCCCAACUCAAUCGGCCGUGGCAAGUGGUGGAGGACCGGCGGCGGAACCUCGGACUACCGUUGCAUCCCGGCGCACUCGCGAACGCGCCGGGUGCAGCUGCACUGUUCCAACGGCAACACUCGGACUUACAAGAUCCGCAUGAUCACAUCUUGCAAGUGCAAGCGAUUUCGGCCGCACCACAACCAGUCCGAAGCCAAGGAGGUCCCGCGGUUGCCCCGCAAGAAGAAGCACGGCCGCUCGUCCCAGGACAGAAACAAGAACAACACGCCCUUGACAGACAACUCGUAUUAAGAAUCUCCCGAGUACACACAAACCUGACCGAUUUCUAUUGAAGAGGAAAUGCAAGAGCGAUUUCACAAGCUGAGCUGACUUCAAGUGUUUUUCCGCCAAUCUCAGUUUACUUUUCUGCAUGACAAACCUUAAAUGUCCGGGACUCGCUAUGAGAAGACGUCGCAGUGGGUCCUCGUCCUGAUAUAAAUGCAUCUCAAGCGUAGCAAACAUCCUCCCCGCCGGGCCCUCAAAGCCAUCUGUACAAACACACGACGCUAGCUCUCCCCUGCUGCAUUUAAGACCGACAAGGUGCACCAAAGGGGCCGUAAUCCAUCUACAUCUGUCUAAACGGGACACUGGCAGCUCAUGAGGGUGAAGGGGUUCCAAAGGAGGGAUGGUGACAGCUUCGCAAAGAGGCCUCCCACCUCUUUACCCCCCCCCCCCCCCCCCCCAAGGCCUCAAUAGCCCCGUGGCGAGCACUCGGCAUUCCUUGGAUUUACCAAUUCAGUGAGCCCACGAAUGGACCUGAUAGAAGAGUGAUCCUCCUCCUGCCAUUCUGUAAAUACGCCAAGAACACGCUUCGCCAUUUUUCUUGUGGACGAGGUGGGCAUUUAUCCAGACAUACCCCCUUUACCAACGCACGUGUCAUUCCCCACCGAUUUCAAAGCAUCCUGAUGAUGUUUGCUUGUUUUUGGGGGACUUUUAAAAAGAAGCAAGUGGAAAACAUUUGUCACUGGUUGUGCAUACCUGAGUGUUGCCCUUACCAGGCUGGGGGGUAUCAAGUGGGAACCAGUGACUGGCGAGAGGGGACGAUUUCCACUAACGAAAGAACUGCAUAUUUAUUUUUUUCCACAUUUAAAUUAUUUAUGCAACCUUUUUUGUAGUAUAUUAUAAACGCCAUUAUUGUCAUAUAGUACGACAGCGCAAUGAAAUACUGUGCAGUACAUGAAUAAAGCCAACGCAGAUACAUUUGAAAA